CCAUUAUAAGUAGGCAAAAAGUGUGAUCUCGGAUCUUAUCAAUACCAUGGCAGACAGUGAGCAAAAGGGAAUGCAGCUCAUGCAGGAGGCUGAGAAAAAACAGAAGACCACGAAAGGGUUUUUCAGCUCUAUGUUUGGGGGUGGAUCUUCGAAGCAGGAAGAAGCUGCUGAGUUGUAUGUGCGAGCAGCCAAUGCUUUCAAAAUGGCAAAGAAAUGGUCAAUGGCAGGAGAGGCAUUCUGUCGUGCAGCAGAACUGCAGCUUGCCCUUGGUAGCAAACAUGAAGGAGCAACACAUUAUGUUGAUGCUGGCAAUUGCUAUAGAAAGGGAGAUGCUAAUGAGGCUGUCAGAUGCCUACAAAAGGCAAUCGAAAUUUACACAGAUAUGGGGCGUUUCACGAUAGCAGCCAAGCAUCACAUCUCUGUUGCUGAGAUCUACGAAACAGAGCUGAUUGAUAUAGAAAAGGCUAUUGCAAACUAUGAGCAAGCAGCUGAUUAUUAUAAAGGAGAAGAAUCUAACAGUUCUGCCAACAAAUGCCUAGCCAAGGUAGCAGAGUUCUCUGCUCAACUUGAGAACUAUGAAAAGGCCAUUGAAAUCUAUGAGCAGCUGGGUAUGUUUGCCAUGGAUAACAGCCUGCUUAAGUACAGUGCCAAGGAUCACUUCUUUCGUGCUUGUGUUUGUCACAUGUGUGUUGACCUGGUGAAUGCACAGUUGUCAGUAGAGAAGUACGAAAACAUGUUUCCAGCAUUUUCAGACAGCAGGGAGUGCAAGUUGAUCAAGAAUCUUCUAAAGGCCUGUGAGGAGGAAAAUGUUGAUGCCUUUACCGAGGCACUGCGUGACUUCGACAGCAUUUCCAGGUUGGACAAGAACCUUACAGCUAUGCUCCUAAAAGUCAAAAAGCAGCUGAGCUCAGAGCCAGAGCUGUGUUGAUUACAUGGCAGCUGAAGAGGGCUGUGAUGAUUGUUGUCAGCAUGAUACAGUGAUGGUUGGUUGGGUGACAAUCAGAACUUUGAUCACCUGGCUGACGUUCUCAUUGAACAUUUCAGAAGAGUUUGGUAGAGUUACGAGUACAGAGCAUCACCUGAUGAGAUGGCUGAAUCUAAAAACAUUGCUACUGCUUUGCGAGUUUCACUUUGGUUUUGUUUAGCUACAUUUCCCUUUCCUGCCCCUCAUUGUUGCUCCAGAUCAGAAAAGUAUUAGCAAAAUCUGAUGGUAAGGUGUUUUUUUUAACAUGUUAAGCAGAUUUUCUGCAUGUUUAGAUGGAACACAAAUUAUGAUUCCAAAGUAGAGAAGUGAGCUAUCCACAUCUCACCUGUUUGAACGUUUUGAUAAAAGACAUCCACUGAAAGAUUUUUUGUGCGUAUGAAAUUAUAUGAUUUCAAAGCAGUAGUCCUAUCCUGAUUUCAUGGAAUUAAACCAUCAUCGGCUGAGUAGUCUUUAUUUCAGUCUUUUUUUUCUGACACCAUUUUCAUCAGAACAUAUUUGAAUGGUUUCAUCACCUUGCUAGACUUUACUAGCAUGCACUUCUGCCUUUUUCUUUUUCUCUUCAAAAAUGUGUAAUUGAGGAAAUAAGCAGAGAAAAAAAUGCUUAGAACACCCACAUUAGAGUGGUAUAAAGAAUGCAACUUGGUAGGAAAGGAGUGAUUUAUUUUUUAAACAUGCCAGUAACUUCCCACAUAUCCUAUAUUUGUCACAGGGACAGUUCAGUUCAAGUAAAGUGUUUCAGUUCACAGAAGUAAUUCUUUUUCAGUUUCACAUAAUUGAGUUAAACGGUUUUUAUAAGAGAAUCUAAAACUAUAAAAAAAAAAAUCUUUGUUAUUAAAGCGGUAAAACUUGCUGUUUACCUACAGUUUAUUCAUUGUUCCCUUUUUUUGGCAAUGAUAACAAUACAGUGAGACUUUUCAUAAAACUCUUUUUUAUGAUACUCUUAACUUUGGGAAACAGGAUGGUCUAGCAAAGAAAAUGUUCAAGCACUUAUACAAGUUUUGUGGUGUUUUCUUAUGUUUUAAUUUUAAAAUUAUUAUGACUGUGUUUAGGAAAAAUAUUAAUCUGGUCUUGGUUUUUUUUAAAAAGGUUUUUCUCCAUUUUAUUGUUUUCCCAUUUGAGAUAAAGUGCAUGCCUACAUAUGUACCUGUAUAUGUGUGUGUGUGUUUUGAGAUAAAAAAAAUAUGCAAAUGGAUGGACAGAAAAUUGUGUAUGAAGUCUAAACAGUCAUAUAACAAGUAUGAAAAGUAUGCAAAAUUGUCUUAAAUUUUCAUAAUUGCUUACAUUCCUUUUGCACAUAUUAAGGCUUUUCUCUUUUUUCCUAUUCAAUGGGGAAACCUUUCAAGUCUUGAUCUUUCACUUAACAGAACAUUUUCAGCUACAAACAUCUUUAUGAUAAAGAAUUUUUUAUAUACAUCAUUUAGUAUACCCAAAGCUAUGAAAUAAAAAGCAUGUAGAGCUAGUGAUCUUUACAAUUAAAGCUUGGAGCAGCGCUAGCAAGCCAAAUAAACUUCUGUUUCUAGUGCUGUUCAAACUGAGUUGCAUUCUGCCAACAGAAAGUUUUAGCUUGAGUGUGCUGUUGUGUGGGCUUUUUUUUUUCUUCUGAUUUUGUUGCAUAUCUGUACAGACUUUAUGUAAUAUUUGGUGAGUGAGAAACUUACAGUUGACCAAAUCCUUUUCUUGAAAAAUGCAUGAUGUAUUUGUACUGUGUGUAAUAAUAUGUGUUUUCUCUCUCAUAGCAUGUGUUAUUAAACUUGAGCAAUGUUAUGGAUAGCUCAAUCUCCUAAUUUUCAUGUUUUUUCCCCUGCAAAUUCUCAGUAUGUGAGAGAGAAAAAAAGUAUUGAUUGUGAUAAUUGGGGUCUAGAUCAGCUUUGUUUAAAUGGUCAAACAAAGAUAGUGAAAGAGACAAAAGUGCAAAUUUGUUAAUUAUGUUUUUAAAACUGGACCAUAUUAAAUUGCAAACUUUAACCACCUGAAA